AUGGGAUCACUUUUGGCUGAUCAGGGAGAGACACUUCAGUUCCUACAAAUUUACUUUCUCGCUGUUUACAACGAGCAGGUUGAUGCGUGUCUCGGCAUUCUGCCUAGCGAUAUUUCCUUCGGUCCCCGUAGAGACAUUCUUUUCCGUCGACAAGACAUGCUUCACGAAACUAACAGUUACAUCCGAAGCUUAAAGUUUGCGUUGCAAAACAACUCUUUGCCCUCUUUCAGUGUUGUCAUCGAUGCAGACAGGCGGCCUCACGGUGAGCAUGAGCGUCGCUUCAAUGCUCCUGCAUGUAAUGAAGUCGCCGAAGUCAUCCACGGUGAGGAGCAUAACAGGCGUGACAUUGUCAUAAGGUACCGUGGCGGUGGUCUGCGCCGCAUCAGUGAAACCCACUGUUCAUACAACUAUCUCCAGUACCCCCUUCUUUUUCCAUACGGAAGCGAUGGGUACCACUUCAAAAUCUCAAUAUACCAGGCAAACAGCGAUUCCAUGUCGAACUCAAAGACGGUCUCCUGUAGGGCUUACUACGCCUACAUGUUUAUGGUUAGGGAGGGUGAAUUUAACCACUUGCACGGGUGCCGUCAACUAUUUCUUCAAUUCGCUGUUGACAUGGUUGCAAAAAUGGAGUCGGAGAGGUUAGGAUUCAUCAAGUUAAACCAAUCCAAACUUAGAACCGAUUCCUACAUUCACCUUCACGAUGGUCUGCGUUCUGAUAGUGACCCACGCAAUCUCGGUAAACCAUGCAUUUUGCCUUCCUCUUACACUGGUGGCCCUCGAAACAUGCAUGAAAGGACACAAGACGCAAUGACCUAUGUCCGUCAUUACGGGAGACCUGAUUUGUUCGUCACGUUCACGUGCAAUCCGAAAUGGGUUGAAAUCACGCGAACUUUUUCCAAGUCAGCAGUACUCACGCCGCCCUGA